CCGUUCUGACACCCCGACACCCCCUCCCCACCAUGGCAGCGCUGCCCGGGACGGUGCCUCGGAUGAUGCGCCCGGCUCCGGGACAAAACUACCCUCGCACCGGCUUCCCUUUGGAAGUUUCCACCCCGCUGGGCCAGGGAAGGGUGAACCAGCUCGGAGGGGUUUUCAUCAACGGGCGCCCGCUGCCCAACCACAUUCGCCACAAGAUCGUGGAGAUGGCUCACCACGGGAUCCGGCCCUGCGUGAUCUCCCGGCAAUUGCGUGUUUCCCACGGCUGCGUCUCCAAAAUCCUCUGCAGGUACCAAGAGACCGGCUCCAUCCGUCCCGGGGCCAUCGGAGGCAGCAAGCCCAGGCAGGUCGCAACUCCCGACGUGGAGAAGAAAAUUGAGGAAUACAAACGUGAAAACCCCGGGAUGUUUAGCUGGGAGAUCCGUGACAGGCUCUUGAAAGAUGGGCACUGCGACCGGAGCACCGUGCCCUCAGUGAGUUCGAUUAGCCGUGUGCUACGCAUCAAAUUCGGGAAGAAAGAGGAAGAGGAGGACUGUGACAAGAAGGAGGAAGAUGGGGAGAAGAAGGCCAAGCACAGCAUAGACGGCAUCCUGGGCGACAAAGGUAACAGGCUGGACGAAGGCUCAGACGUCGAAUCCGAACCAGACCUGCCUUUGAAGCGCAAGCAGCGCCGCAGUCGAACCACUUUCACCGCUGAGCAGCUGGAGGAGCUGGAGAAGGCCUUCGAGAGAACCCACUACCCAGACAUCUACACGCGAGAGGAGCUGGCUCAGAGAACCAAGCUCACCGAGGCCCGAGUCCAGGUCUGGUUCAGCAACCGAAGAGCGAGAUGGCGCAAACAAGCGGGAGCGAACCAACUUGCAGCUUUCAAUCACCUGCUGCCAGGGGGCUUCCCACCUACAGGAAUGCCGACUCUCCCACCGUAUCAGCUGCCAGACUCUACCUACCCAACAACCACCAUUUCCCAAGACGGGGGAAGCACCGUGCACAGACCCCAGCCCCUGCCGCCAUCCACCAUGCACCAGGGCGGGCUCGCUGCAGCCGCCGCUGCUGACACCGGUUCUGCCUAUGGGGCCCGACACAGCUUCUCCAGCUACUCAGACAGCUUCAUGAACGCUGCAGCUCCUGCCAACCACAUGAAUCCAGUCAGCAAUGGCCUCUCUCCACAGAAGCAGGGUGCCCAAAACAAGAUGCAGUGCUCCAGGUGGAACCUCACCAUAGCCCUGAACAAUCAGGUGAUGAGCAUCUUGAGCAACCCCAGUGGGGUUCCUCCACAACCCCAGGCUGAUUUCUCCAUCUCUCCCCUUCACGGUGGCUUGGACACCACCAACUCCAUCUCUGCCAGCUGCAGCCAGCGGAGCGACUCCAUCAAGUCCGUGGACAGCCUUCCGACUUCCCAGUCCUACUGUCCUCCCACCUACAGCACCACCAGUUACAGUGUGGACCCAGUGGCUGGCUACCAAUAUGGACAGUAUGGACAAACUGCUGUUGAUUAUCUGGCCAAGAAUGUGAGUCUGUCUACACAGCGUAGGAUGAAGCUGGGAGAACAUUCAGCCGUUCUGGGCCUCCUACCAGUAGAGACAGGCCAAGCUUACUGAAGAUCCGACUGUGUCAACAACCCACUCCAGCAACUUGGUACGACUGGAGAAAACACCACCAGCCUUCCAGGGAUCUACCUGUACCUGGACCCUACUCCUUCCCAAUUCCCUUCCAUCUCGCACCAACCUGAGCUGUGAAGGAGACGGGAAAGAAAGGGAGAGCUCUCCAAGUCUCCAGCUCCUCCCAGAGCACAAGGCAAGCCUGGCCUCUGUGAUCUGACUCCUGUGGCCAGAGACAAUGGGUUGGGUACAUUUAUUAACUCUACAUUCCUGCCCUCCUUCUAACCCACCUGGCCAUGGCAUUUUGCCCAUGCUUAAGGACUUUCCAUUGAUCUAGGUAGUUGGCAUAGUCAAAGCCAAAUCGAUCUUCUUUUUCUUUGUAAAAAAAAGAAAUGUUUCAUUCUGUUUCCUUUUCUUUCCAAUCCUGUAAGUUGAGUGAAUGUUGUAUAGGAAGGAAUAAUCAAGCUGGUCAUUUAGAGUGAUAGAAUUCAGGACCACAGAAGACCUAUGGACCAAAUAUAAGAACUUGUUUAAAAAAAAAAAAACCACACACAAAGGCAAACAAAACCGGAAAAACAUGUUAAAGUGACAGCAAAUCUCCCCUCCCCACUCUACCCGGCCGUUCUCAGUGGUGGCUUCCCAAAGCAGGGCCAAAGCAGGCCAGAUCGCUGCUAAGCAGAGGCAGGAUGUGAGUCUGUCCAGCAUGGGACCUUUGCAAAGUGAAAAUGUAAAUUGCAUGAGCACUGAAGGUUAUGGGCACGGGCACAAGCAACAUUUACUUUUCCUCUUGGGACCAAUUUAGAUCGGAUUAUCACUGAAAAGACACGGGCAACAGGUACAGCAGGAGAUGUGAUAGCGAACAUCAGCCUUGCACACACAGAGGAAGGGCAUCAAAUACACCCGAUCGGGUCGGAGCUUUUGCCCUUCCAGUCAAGAGAGGCGAGGACUGCGUAGCCUUUCUUUCACUCAGCAGGAAAGAAGCUGGCCAUGAGAGCAAAGAGAAGAGAGGGAAGAGUCAGAGGUGUUCGUUAGCAGCCUGCUCAGAGGGGUCGGGAUGCACAGUCACAUCCUUCGACAAGGAAAGGGCCACCUAAAAGAAAACAGUGCUUGUUCUGAAGAUGCAUUCCCACAUCUCACUGUUGGGUGGAUGUGGCCAUGGAGUCAGAGGGGAGAUGCCCUGAAGAGUCUUUGUAACAGCAGCUAGGAAGGAAAAAUGCUCUGAGCUGCAACACUGCACCUGUUUGUACUGCAGAAAAGAUUGUCCUUGCCAAUGGCAUUCCCUGGCCUCGAGCCACCAGUAGAAAUGCUUGCCCCUGUCCAUCUAUACAACUCCAUGUCUAAGUUCCUUCCCUCUCCUUUUCAUUUGGUGGUGGAGCCUCUCCCUCUCUAAGCCAGAUAGUGUUCUCUGGAUUUAUCACACCACUUUUCUGUAGCAGCCAGUGCUCUCACUUUUGAAUCGGCUCACAGUUCUGCUCAUCCCACCAUUUGGAUAAAAGCAGCCAACAAUAAGUGUUUAUUGCUAACUCAUGACUCACAUGGGUUCUUACUUUCCCUUUUGCAUAUGGUGAUGAUCCCUGAUGAUUCUUAAGCAGAGGUCUAAUAUUAUAGAGAUUUUUCCCCUCACUUUCCUGUGUUGAGAGGGCUCACUUCAAGAACGUGCUGAAAUUUGACCUGGAAAGGGCAAGGAGAGCUGCCCCUGAGGUAGCAGCCCCAAGUGACAGAAUCUGUGCCGGCCAGUAGCUGGUGUGUGCAGUUCAAUGGCAACAAGCAAUACUUAAAGUCAUCUACAUAUUGUAGAUGUAGAGAGUUCAUAAUAUGCUUACUAUAUGGUAUGUCUACUUUAAGAUAAUGAAUGUCUGCUUUUGUCCACUGGCGAUAACGGGGGACCAAGUGGUCAGAUCAGCUCUGGUCUGGCCAUAUGCUCCUAGGUUGCUAAAGGAGACACUUCUCUUGUGCUUCCUUCUGUUGCUGCUGUUUCUUAUGUUCUUCUCAAAUAAUCUGACUUUCUUUUUGCAACUGAAACAUUUUUCUGGGGAUCUGUUCCCUGCCUUGCCUCAACGUCAUUUAUCACAAACCACCAAACCACUUUCUCUUGAGCCGUGUGGACAAGUACCUGUUCUGACCAAAGCAGAGUUGUGUUUCUUUCGUUGCUCAGCAUCCUACCUGAGCCACACAUGGCUUUCAUCAGCUUUACUCUAUGGCUGUGACAGAGCCUGCUCUACAUUCCUAAAAGUGUAUUAAUACAUCAGCUUGGCUUCUCUGCCUCUCACAUACGUGUGUGCUCUGCACGGGGCAACAUCUGCACCCAAAGGCUGUAUUGCUGUCAUUUAUGCUCUAGAGAUCCCAAUUCAGCCUCUGUUCAUCCAGCUGUACCAUGCACAAGACUUCCCUCUAGUUGGAAAAUACUUUCCUUGGAUCACAAAGCUUUUGAAGCACUUGAAGCUUGCUUUCUUCCCAUCCUUUCUCAAUGCAACAUACAGCACCUACAGCUGGAUGGACUGGUGAGGCCAAAGGUACCAAUUCCCUUGAGGCGGCUGAGGAGCCAAAAUGCCUUGGAGCAUUGGAGUCGUGUUAGCUGAAGCACUUUCCCUGCUUUGCACCAGUUUCAGAUCUCAGAUAGCAAUGGAAGAUGCUAGUUUAUGUGGUAGAGCUGAUUCCGUUUGGCUUUUCCAAACGGAAUUCCAGUCCUGGCUUGAAUGCCAUUCCCAACAAGAGUAACCUUCAGCCACACCUGAACUGGUGGAUCGAGGGCCAGAGCAAGGGUGUCUCCAUGACAGACACCAGUGUGGGGAUUAACGACUGAAGCCUCUGAAUUUGCUCCUGUGUCUCAGUAUCACUCCGAUUGCUAAAACAUCAGAGCACAUUAUUUUCUUGUGCACCACAUUCAAUAGCAUUGACAAGGACAAAUGCCAGUAAUCACCCAGUCUGGGACCACUUUCGGAUUUGCAUCCUCCUUGUCACUGGCAGAUGGAGUUUGUAGGUGGGAAAUAUUGGCCCUGCAUCUACCCUAGACGUUUCCAGUCCCUUGUUCUUUAUAUUGAUAUUUGUGACCAAAUGCAUUCCUCGCUGCCUGCUAAACUAGAAGGAAAGUUUCAGUUUGUCAUGAGAAUGCUUGUCCGCUGCUCCUGCUCGCAAAGAAUUGUUGGCUCUCUUCAUCCCACCAUUAUCAAUUCUCCUGUGUGUGCAUACUCCUCUCCCAAGCAUCCCUCAACACUUGGUCCUCAGAGAGAGCAUGCUGUUGAGGAGGACUUCAGUGCAGAGUGCAGAACCUCCUGCAUAAAGAGUAUUAAAAAGAGGGAGCGCUGUAGAUACCUAUUUGCCAAUUACCUUCACCAGGAAGUCCAUGACCACCUGGGCACCGCUGUAAAUAGAGUUCUUAGAGGAAUAUGAAAGCCGCCCCAUGCUAGCCCAAAUAGCUAUUCUCUGACUUUUCCCUCGUGGUCGCACUUUGUACAUUAGUUGGAAAUUUGUUCAUGUGCUGUAUGUUUAUAGAAAGUUGACAUUUUUUUAUACUAAAAACACAGUGAGUGCCGUGCUAGUUAAAAAAAAACAUGGGGGGAGGGGGGAUGAACUGUAGAAAUUUGCCUAUCAUGUGUUUUCAAAAUACA